AUGGCUCAAGGAAGUUUAGUCGGUGGUGGAGGGUCAAACAACUGUGACAAGAAACCAGGGGCCCGCCUCAAGAUCACGGUUCCACGGUUUGAUAACACAGCGUUGAUUAGAGGCUAUUCCUGCACUCUAAUCGGAAGGUGUAUGAACCCGGCGGCCCAGGACGUGCAAGCGUUGCUGCAACACAUGCCUCGCUUCUGGAAGAUGGAGGAGAGAGUCGCCGGAGCAGAAUUGGGAUUGGGGAGGUUCCAAUUCGACUUCGACAAUGAGGAGGAUAUCAUCGAGGUGUUUAAGCUGGAACCUUUCUACUUUGACUACUGGAUGGUAUCCCUGGUGAGAUGGGAACCGGUGGUGGAUCCAACCUACCCUUCUGCGAUCAAAUUUUGGGUGCGUAUGAUGGGGAUCCCGCUUCACUUCUGGGCUGAACCCACGUUCAGAAGUAUUGGGGAAGCUCUCAGUGAAGUUUUGGAGGUGGAUAUCGAUUGA